AUGGAGAGCCUUCUCGCCAACAUCAGCUCCAGCUCCACUGCUGAGCCUCUCCUGUCACUUUUCAACUCACACCAAACUAACUGCAACACCUGGGACCAGGAAUGGGGGACCACAAACCUGCACAGGUUAGCCCACCUGGACAUGCAGCUGUAUCAAGAUUUCUACACCGUCUGGGUUUUUCUGAUGGUGUUUAACUGUCUGAUGCUGGUGGUUGGGGUGGUCCUCAACAGCCUGGCUCUCUACGUUUUCUGCGGUGCCUCUGCACACUCUUCAGCCUCCGUGGUUUACACCAUAAACCUGGCGGUGGCUGACCUGCUGGUGGCUCUGUCGCUGCCAGCUCGCAUCGCUCUGUACCACAGUGGAGGGAGCUGUGUGGCCUGCUCAUACGUCCACACCUUCAGCUACUUUGUCAAUAUGUACUGUAGUAUCCUGUUUCUGACCAGCAUCUGUAUCGAUCGGUACCUCGCUGUCGUCCACGCAUCCAGUACCCUUCAUCGAUGGAGGACCAUAGGAGCGGCAAGGUGUGUCAGUGCCACCGUGUGGUUCAUUGCAGUUGUGGUCACCUACUCUUUUCAGACCACAGCUUUGGAGUUCAGUUCCUCCUGCAUGGUCCUCCCUGCCCUUUUCUAUCUCACCAUCCUGGAGUUUCUCCUCCCCCUGCUCGCUGUGGUGGUCUUCACUCUACGCGUCACCUGUUUUCUCUCCUCCAGCCACAGCGGGAUGCCCCACCAGAGCAGGGUGAGGAGGACUCGUGCCAUCAGGCUUUUGGCCACCGUCCUGGUGGUCUUCACUGUGUGUUUCACACCCUUCCACGUCCGCCAGGUGCUGGUUUACUUCCAGUUCAGAGUGACGGGGGAGGCUCCCGGGCAAGGGGCGAGGGAUGUGCUUGCCUAUCACAUCACCGUGACCUUGAGCAGCCUGAACAGCUGCCUGGAUCCAGUGGUUUACUGCUUUGUGACGGACAGCUUCAAGAGAAUGUGGAGGACCAGGAGAAGGGGAGGCAGAGAGGAGGACGGGGAGGUGGGGUUUACAAGUGGCAUCGAAGGGGAGAGGAAUUCGCUGAAUAAAUGCUCGGGUACGGCACUGGCGAUAGCUCAGAGCAUAGCCACACUAACGCUCACAAGUGCACCCCUCUCUACAACCAGCGCACACCACUCUGAUUGGACAGGCGGCCAUGUUUCGGAAACCAGUGAUGGCACAGUUCAGAGAGACAGCUGGAGACAGUGA